AUGGGCAAAUCAAUCCUCCUCAUCAAUGGUCCCAACCUCAACCUCCUGGGCACCCGGGAACCUCACAUCUAUGGCCACACCACCCUCGCCGACGUGGAGAACAACAGCCGCGAGAUGGCCGCCACGCACGGCGCAACUCUAGAGUCCUUCCAAUCCAACCACGAAGGCGCAAUCGUGGAUCGCAUCCAGGCGGCGCGGGGCAAGGUCGACGGCAUCAUUAUCAACCCGGGCGCCUAUACCCACACCUCCGUCGCUAUCCGGGAUGCGCUGCUCGGCGUUGAAAUCCCCUUCAUUGAGCUGCAUGUGAGCAAUGUCCAUGCCCGAGAGCCCUGGAGACAUCAUUCGUACUUUAGUGAUAAGGCGGCGGGCAUCAUUGUGGGCCUGGGAGUGUAUGGAUACAAGGUGGCGGUGGAGCAUGUCUGUGUCAAUUUCGCGGAGAAGGAGAAGGCCAAGGCGGCGCUCUAA